AUGGGAAAGAAAGUGGCCAUUAUAGGAGCUGGAACUAGUGGCCUUCUUGCCUGCAAGUACACACUUUCAAAGGGCUUUCAGCCCAUUGUGUUUGAAUCUGCAAGCACCAUUGGAGGAGUUUGGACCAAAACUAUUGAGACCACCAAGCUCCAAACUCCUAGAGAAGCUUACCGAUUCUCAGAUUUCCCAUGGCCAUCUUCUGUGACAGAGGACUUUCCUAACCAACGUCAGGUUUUGGAUUACAUCCAAUCAUAUGCUCACCAUUUUGACUUGCUCAAGCAUAUCAAAUUCAACACGAAAGUUUGUGGGAUUGAGUAUGAAGGCUCCUCUGAGGAUGAGAUGCAAGCUUGGAGCUUGUGGGGUGGCUCUGGAGAGCCUUUCAGCUCCAAAGGGAAAUGGAAAUUUGUAGUAGAAGACAAACAAAGCCUUUCAACCGAGAUCUACGUGGUGGACUUUGUGAUCCUCUGCAUCGGACGAUUCAGUGAUGUCCCAAACAUUCCUGAAUUCCCUUCCAACAAAGGACCAGAAGUAUUUGAUGGAGAGGUUAUACACUCUAUGGAUUAUGCUGCCAUGGAUUACGAAAGCGCUCGCAGAUUCGUGAGAGGAAAGCAAGUAACAGUUGUUGGGUUUCAGAAAUCUGCAUUGGACAUUGCAAUGGAGUGUUCAAACACAAAUGGGCUUGAACAUCCAUGCACAGUCUUAUACAAGACAGAACAUUGGAAUGUCCCUGAUUAUCUUCCAUGGGGUGUGCCCCUGGCAUACCUAUACCUUAAUCGAUUCUCGGAGCUUUUGGUUCAUAAGCCUGGAGAAGGCAUCCUACUCAGUCUCCUGGCAACAAUUCUUUCACCUCUGAGAUGGGCAUUUUCAAAAUUUGUGGAAAGUUAUAUAACUAAGAAGCUUGGUUUAGCCAAGUAUGGAAUGGUACCUAAGCAUAGUUUCCUCCAAGAAAUCAGUUCUUGUCUGAUCUCAACAGUGCCUGAGAAUUUCUAUGAUCGAGUCCAAGAAGGAAGCAUCAUACUGAAAAAGUCUCCCAGCAGCUUCAGCUUUUACCAAGAAGGCAUUUUGGUUGAAGGAGAAAGCUCCCCUGUGAAGACAGAUUUGGUCAUAUUGGCUACUGGGUAUAGGGGUGAUAAAAAGCUCAAAGACAUCUUUGUGUCUCCCACCUUUCAGGACUACAUAGCCGGAUCACCUAAUGCAGCAUUACCCCUCUACAGGGAAUGUAUACAUGGACGAAUUCCACAACUAGCUGUAAUUGGAUUCUCCGAGAGUGUUUCCAACUUGUACACAUCUGAGAUGAGAUGCAGAUGGCUAGCAGAGCUUCUUGGAGGCACAUUUAAGCUACCAAACAUAAAGGAGAUGGAGAAAGAUGUCGAAAAAUGGGAUGAAUACGCCAAGCGAUAUUCGGGCAAAUACUACCGGAGAUCAUGCAUCGGUGCCCUACAUAUAUGGUACAAUGAUCAAUUGUGCAAGGACAUGGGAUGGAACCCGAAAAGAAAGAAGGGGCUCUUUGCUGAAUUGUUUGAGCCUUAUGGCCCAACGGAUUAUGUUUCCUCUUAA